CAAGAAGACAGUGCAGCUGCUCCCGAGGGCCUGGAUGUGAUGGCGUCACAGAAGAGACCCUCCCAGAGGCACGGAUCAAAGUACCUGGCCUCCGCGAGCACCAUGGACCACGCCAGGCACGGCUUCCCCAGGCACAGAGACACUGGCAUCCUCGACUCCCUCGGCCGCUUCUUUGGCGCUGACAGGGGUGCGCCCAAGCGGGGCUCGGGCAAGGAUGGACACCACGCGGCCAGGACCACCCACUACGGCUCCCUGCCCCAGAAGGCACAGCACGGCCGGCCCCAGGAUGAAAACCCUGUAGUGCAUUUCUUCAAGAACAUCGUGACGCCUCGCACACCUCCCCCAUCUCAAGGGAAGGGGCGAGGACUGUCCCUCAGCAGAUUUAGCUGGGGCGCCGAGGGCCAGAAGCCGGGAUUCGGCUACGGAGGCAGAGCUCCUGACUACAAACCGGCUCACAAGGGACUCAAGGGGGCCCAGGACGCCCAGGGCACACUUUCCAAAAUCUUCAAGCUGGGAGGACGGGACAGCCGCUCCGGGUCCCCCAUGGCCAGACGUUGACGCUCCUUCCUCUCAGGAUCCUUCCCGGCUUCUAACACGUUAACCGCGUAGAUUCCCUAGUAUAGCACGUGCCCCUAACGCCUGGUGACGACGCCCAGCGGGCUCCACUCGGAGGAAACGCUCCACCGUCGCCCUACCUCGGAGACAGUGACAUCCCCUCCCCGCUCGCCCUCAUCCUGAGAUGGCUUCGGUGGGGACACUGCUGUGGGAACAUUGCCGGGGGACACUGCUGUGGGUUGGCCCGUGCAGGGCAUAGAGAUGGUGUGGCUCCAAGCUUCCUUUGGUUUCUUUCGUGCCUCCUCCCUCUCACCCGCUAAAGUAUUUAAUCUUCCUAACAGGGUCGGGCCGUCGGAGAGGCUUGGCGGCGGGAGCUUUGGUAUGUGACAUGUGGGCGGGCAGCGGGAGAGGCCGCGGUGGCCGUGGCUCACCACCCCCAGCUCAGCCGAGAGGGGAUGCGGGGGCAGACUCGGGCCCAGUGGGGCUGCGGACAGGAAACAGGGUCUUCUUGGAAAUCGGGCUGGCAGAGCGGGCCCCAGGGCAGCCUCCUCGACGCCCUGUGUCCUGAGGGCCCGGCCGGGAGUGUGGGGAGAUGGCUCAACUCAGAACGGAUGGCAGGGGUUUGGCUCAGCCUCGCGGUGGCAUGGUGGUCACCGCGAGCGCAAAGGUAACAGGUGGCGUGCUCAGCGGCGGUGCUCACGGCAAAUACUAACCUUCGGUGGAAAGAUAACUGUCCUUUCCGCUUGCCUCCUAGAAAUCCCCUGACCAAUACACUCACCUUACUGGGCCGCUGCCGGCUCGGUGGGCGGCCCGGCCACGUGAGGACAGGAGAGUCCCUCUGAAAUCACACUCUUUCCUAGCGUGGGCUGACACUUUGCAGCUCCCCCUCCUUAACCUACUGAUCCCCGCCUUUUGAUUUUAGCGUCUCUUUCUUUUCUAAACCUCCAAAGAGCCCUACACUGGCGUCACCCGCCCCCAGAACAAAGAUGAGAAAUAGCCAACAUAAUACCCGAGCGUAUCUCUUUAAUCCCGGUCUAAUUCUGAAGGUUUCACGUGGGUUUAAUAUAAUGUCUAUUAAUGUAGAGCCUCAAUGAUGAGAGGGUAAGAAAUAAGAGAAAUACAUUUUCAGAAACAAACCCUCUGAAUUGCUUGACACACACUUUGCAUCGUGGAGCAGAUCGCUGAUGGAGUGAUCUCUCACGGCUGCCCCCAAACAGCCAGAGCUGUGCGGAUGGGCCUGGCGGAAAUACGCCCUGUUCUUGAAGUUGAAAUAAAAUAAACACUGUUAAUGGUA